CAACAGGUUAUAGAACCAAUUAUCAAUUAUAGUUUUAACCAUUUUUCUUGUCAUGCCAAAUAUUACAACACGAAUCCUUCAAAUUGAUAUAUACAUUCCACCGGUUUUGCUAUUUGCUUGUAACAUAUUAUUUGCUAUUUUUUUUUAUAACUAGUAGCAAUGAAAUCGAUUUUUUUAAAAAAUGUCGGUGAUAGUGAUACAAAAAAGGUAUGAAUCACACAUAAAAAGUUGACAACAAAAUAAAAACGCAAUUCUGCUUUAUCACAGUGGAUUAAAAAAAGAAGAAACAAAUUUGAAAAUUAUCUUGUCUUGACCCAGACAAAUCAUUGUAAUAGAAAAUUAAAUAUUUGCAGAAAUAAGUUUUUCUUUUUUUUGUUGCACUAAAAAGGAAGUUUUGUUUCCUUGAAUGGAAACUUAUCUCCGUCAACAAGAAAAAAGUUUCUGGCUUUUUCGUUCUUGUUCAAAGGGACUUUGCAAGUUUUUGAUUACUAUCCUUCAUCCCUUGUGUGGAAACUUUGAGUGGAAGAAGAGAUGGGUUGUUUCUCGUGUUUUAAUUCGAGUGAAGAUGAGAAGCUGAACCCAGUUGAGGAAUCAUCCAAGCCUCAGAAACAAUCACAAACGAUAGUAUCCAAUAACUUCUCUACACUUCCUUCAGUGAUGUUUCAGGUGGGGAGAAGCUUAGUUCAAAGAGCAAUGUAAGGUCAAAAAGAGAGCUACUUCUUCCAAGAGAUGGGUUUGAGCAAAUUGCUGCUCAUACAUUUGCUUUCCAUGAGCUCGUUGCUGCAACUAUGGACUUUCAUCCCGACACUUUCUUAGGCGAAGGUGGUUUCGGAUGUGUCUACAAAGGAAGGCUUGAAACCACCGGUCAGGUUGUUGCUGUGAAACAAUUAGACAGGAACGGUCUACAAGGUAACAGAGAGUUUCUUGUAGAAGUUCUCAUGCUCAGCCUUCUUCAUCAUCCCAACUUAGUCAACCUUAUUGGUUACUGUGCUGAUGGAGAUCAACGCCUCUUGGUCUAUGAGUUUAUGCCCUUGGGAUCAUUGGAAGAUCACCUCCACGAUCUUCCACCAGAUAAGGAGGCAUUAGAUUGGAACAUGAGAAUGAAGAUAGCUGCUGGUGCAGCCAAAGGUUUGGAGUUUCUACAUGACAAAGCAAACCCUCCGGUUAUCUAUAGAGAUUUCAAGUCAUCAAACAUUCUACUGGGCGAAGGUUUCCACCCAAAGCUUUCUGAUUUUGGACUUGCUAAACUCGGACCAACGGGAGACAAGUCUCAUGUCUCCACUAGAGUCAUGGGAACCUAUGGAUACUGUGCUCCAGAGUACGCGAUGACCGGGCAGUUGACUGUUAAAUCAGAUGUCUACAGCUUCGGUGUGGUGUUUCUGGAGCUCAUUACCGGUAGAAAAGCAAUAGACAGUGAGAUGCCUCAUGGAGAACAGAACCUAGUGGCUUGGGCUCGUCCAAUGUUCAACGACAGGAGAAGGUUUAUAAAACUGGCGGAUCCUAAGUUAAAGGGGAGGUUUCCAACACGAGCACUGUAUCAAGCAUUAUCUGUGGCUUCAAUGUGCAUCCAAGAGGAGGCGGCUACACGUCCUCCUAUAGCAGAUGUGGUGACUGCAAUCUCAUAUCUUGCAAACCAAGCUUAUGAUCCAAACAAGAAUGAUAGAGGGGGAAGGAACGAUGAAGGAGGUGGCAAGUUUGAUCUAGAAGGUUCGGAGAAGGAAGAUUCACCGAGAGAGACGGCUAGGAUAUUGAACCGAGACACUGAUAGGAAGCGUGCGGUCGCAGAGGCUAAAAUGUGGGGAGAGAGUUCGAGGGAGAAGCGAAGACAGAGUGAGAAACGAACUUCAGAGAGCAACAGUACCACCGGUUAGGGUUUUGAUACUUUUUUGGUCUUAUUUAUUUUGAAACAUAGAAAGAAAAAAACAUUGUGACAAAGAGUUGACGAUGUACAUUAUAUAUGUGAUGUUGCAACAUGGGCCAAAGUGGGACUCUAAUUUUUAAUAACAAAGCUCUAAUUGAAGAUUCUGGAGA